GUUCGUCUAAGGAUUAAAGGGAGCAACGCUGCUUUUAUUGCGUGAAACAUUUGGAAAUACUACAAAGACCCAGUACCGAGAACCAGCGGCCCCGAACGACCAAACAGCUUGUUUAUGAGUGACACCUCUAUAAAUUCUGUCUGGACACAUUUUAACAUUGGAUUUCUCACCGGAACGUGUAACUCCGCGCGCGCGGCUCUCCGGCGCGGCCCCGUCGUCACUUUGAUGUUUUUACUAUGUUUGUCCAGUUGCUCCGCGCACGGAGCGGCGUCCUAAGAGUUUCAGACAGUGUUGGACCAUGUGGGCUUCCUCUCCCACCUCCAUUCACACUCCGGGCGGCUGAUGCUGCGUCCUGCUCUCUCGUUGUGCUGUUUCGCUCGCUCAUUCGACUCGACCUGAGAGAGAUUUUGCCCAUUCUUGCGCGAGUUCACUUUUAAAACACGAGGCCAAGGGUUCUUGGAACCAGAACGCAUUUUUAGCAACUUUUCCAGGACACAUUCAGCUCGGAGGCUCCUGAUUGUUGAGAAUAGGACUUUUCUCGGGCGGUUUACUUUUACCUUCGGGAACCGACGAGUCUUUCUUUGUUGAGAAUCUCCUAGAGGAAUGGAAUUACUCCGUGGCCGGCGCAUGCAAAAUAGCAACGAUGCAUAAAAUCUCCCUUCAACUCUUUGAGGAUGCACGUUUAAAGCAGACGAGCUGGAGCGACGCGUCCAACGCGAAUAAGCGAGGCCUGGGAUGGAUUCGUGCGUAUUCGCUGCUGCUCUUAAUUUGGGGGAAACCAGAACUUUUAUUGUGUGCAACUGUGACGGGACCCAAAGCUGAACACGAAGGGUUCUGUCCAAAUAAACUGAACGCUAACCUUUGGGUGGACGCGCAAAGCACAUGUGAGAGGGAAUGCGGCGUGGAUGAGGACUGCGCAGACUUCGAGAAGUGCUGCACGAACGUGUGCGGACUUAACAGCUGCGUGGCCGCGCGUUUCUCCGACGGCAGCCCCGCGCAGCCAGGCGGACGCGGCGGAGGCCGCGGGGACGACGCCCCCGCCGCCACCGCCACCUGCGAGGGCUUCGUCUGCAGCCAGCAGGGCGCCACGUGCGACAUCUGGGACGGGCAGCCCAUCUGCAAGUGCCGGGACCGAUGCGAAAAAGAGCCCAACUUCACGUGCGCGUCCGACGGCCUCACCUACUUCAACCGCUGCUACAUGGACGCGGAGGCGUGCAUCCGCGGCGUGACUUUGACCGUGGUGGCCUGCCGUUUCUACCUCGCGGGGCCUCCCACCAGCCCCCUGCCCCAGCACACCACGGCUGACCCCACCCCCACGUCCUCCCAGGAGGACCCCACGCCCCCCGCGCUGUACUCCAACCCCCACCACCAGUCCGUCUACGUUGGCGGCACAGUCAGCUUCCACUGUGACGUCGUGGGCGUCCCCAGGCCGGACGUAACAUGGGAGAAACAGAGCGAGCGGCGCGAGCGGCUCGUGAUGAGGCCGGAUCAGAUGUACGGCAACGUGGUCAUCACCAACAUCGGUCAGCUGGUCAUCUACAACGCCCAGGUGUGGGACACGGGGAUCUACACCUGCGUAGCGCGCAACUCUGCGGGCGUGCUGCGCGCCGACUACCCGCUGUCUGUGAUCCGCCGCGCCGCCGACGACGAUUUCUCCGAGGACCCCGAGAUGCCCAUGGGGCGGCCGUUCUCGCCGGCCGACUGCCUCGCUGAGGUGGAUUCGAGGGUGUGCAGCGGGCAGCGCCACGUGGACUGGCAUUACGACGGCAGGCUGGGCUCCUGCGUGGCCUUCAGCAACGGCGGCUGCGACGACAGCCGCAACCGCUUCGAGACGUUCGAGGAGUGCAGGGCGUCCUGUCAGCGGGAGGGCGUGGGCGUGUGCUCCCUGCCCGCCGUUCAGGGGCCCUGCAAGGCCUGGGAGGCACGCUGGGCCUGGAAUUCCGUCAUGAAACAGUGCCAGGCCUUCGCCUACGGCGGCUGUCACGGGAACGCCAACAACUUCCACACCAGGAAGGAGUGUGAGGCGAACUGCCCACAGGCCAAGAAGAAGCCCUGCAAGACCUGCCGGGUGAAGGGGAAGAUGGUGCCCAGCUUAUGCCAGAGUGACUUUGCCAUCGUGGGGCGCCUGACAGAGCUGGUUGAGGAUCUGGACUCGGGCUUAGCCCGCUUUAGUUUAGAAGAGGUCCUCAGAGAUGAGAAGAUGGGACUCAUUUUCUUCAACACCAAGCACCUGGAGGUAACGAUCGCCAAGAUAGACUGGAGCUGCCCCUGUCCCAACAUCACCAUGGAGGAGAACCCGCUCCUGGUGAUGGGCGUGGUGCAGGACGGCACGGCCAUCAUCCAGUCGGACAGCUACGUCCGAACCGUGACCGAGCGCAGACUCCGGAAGCUGCGCGACGUUGUGAGCAAAAAGAACUGUAAGACGCUGUGAAAGCCGAAGGACUCAGACCUUGAGCCGCACAGGGCGCGCGGUCACCCUCUGCUUUAGCGCCGCGGAGAGAAGGCGACAGAACUGCAAUGAGGAGAGCUGAUUUUAAUCGCUUGAAUCAAAAGAAGUAUGUCAAAUACUGUAUGUUAACGACGUGAUGGGGUAAUUUGCAUGUACAUUAUAUACUCGUUACCACACAGGUUGUACCUACAUUCCAUGUGUCCUGUAAGCCCAUUUAUAGCAGCGCUGAACGUUUAGUAAGUCAUUCUGCAUUGUGAGAGCAAAAAAGAACUGUAGCUGAAAAAGCAGGUAUUAUUUUUACAAAACGCUUACUGUAGCUUGUGAUUCUAAAGAGAAGUAUAUGUAGUUAUAUGUUACAUUAUUAUGUUAUGUUAAUACAUUUAGUUUUUAUAAGGUUCUUAUCUGUACAUCAUGUUCUCCCUCUUGCAUCUUUCUACAAAGCACUUCAGCCUUAGUUUCACUGCCAGUCUCUCUGAAGCAUCUAGGGAAAUACACUAUACUUAAGCAAUUAAAGGGUGCAAUACAUGAA